CUCUUUUUCUCUCUCUCUCUCUCUCUAUCUCUCUCUCCUCUCCCUCUCUCUCCAAAACCGUGCUCUUGUUUAUGUGAGAAGGGGAGUGAACUGCUUCUUCUUCUAUUCACGAAUCAAUUUGAGAGAAUAUGGCUGAUGCUGCUGCUGCUGCUGCUUAUGAAGUGGUUUACUCAGGUCUAUUAUUUAGCAGACCGCGACCAGUAGUCUCGAAUCAGCUAUCCAGCAGGGUCAAGUUCCAGUUUGUCAAGAUUUCACGGCCGCUAGUUCGACAAUCAUUUCCAUUAUCCAGGCUCGUAAGAUGUGCGACAGCAGGAAGAAAUGGUCGUGAAAGGUUAUUAUCUGAUGAGGGGUUUGAACAUGAGCCUUUUUGGUCAAGUCUGGUGAAGGAUGCAGUCUGGGGGUUUAGAGCGCUUGCUGUUUUUCUAGCUGAACAGCCAAGUCAGUUGAAAUACAUAGAGUGGCCAACCUUUCAAAGCACGUUGAAGACGGCUUGCCUCACUCUUAUCCUCGUAGCGUUGCUCAUCGUAGCUUUGUGCUCUAUUGAUUCAGCCCUCUGUUACAUAUUGGCUUGGCUUCUCAGAAAAUCUGCAUAAACUGUUGGUGGUGGAUCACAAUUUCGGAGGUUGGCUUUUCAUUGUGUGGCGCCUUAGGGACUGUUCCUCAUUUUGAUGCUUUUGCUGGAUAGUGAAUAGAGCAGUUUUUUUUUUUUUUUUUUUCAAAAAAAAAGAAAAGGGAUGAUCAGAGUUCAAUGGCUCAGUAUGAUUAUGUGUUUGUUUUGUAGGAUUUAUCCGAGUUGUUAUCUGUUGGCAAAAUGGACGUUACUUUGAUUGCAAAAAGAAUGUGUAAAUGAACCUCUAUAGGAGUAAAAGGAUUUUGGAGUUUAGUCUGAUUUCUA